CAUAGCUCCUAUGUUAGAAACAAAUUCCCAGCCAGUUUUACUAAUCCUCUGUCUCUACUCCCCACCCAUACUUGCAAUCUGCUGUCAAAUAUUUGAGGUUUUUAAAGGGUGAGCAUAAACCUGCUUGCAGCUUACCAGUUAAAUCUGCUGUUCUCUUGACAAUCCUUCUGCCUCUGCGAGGAUAAUGUCAUAAGACAGUGUUUCUCGUCCCAAGGGGUUUGGUUUACCUGUCAGGCUUACCUUUAUGUACAACCAAGGAGACCGGUACACCUGUCAUUUUAUAUCUACAGACACCCUGUGCGUAGGAAAACUUCACUUUAUCAUCUUGGAUAUUUCAGGAUUAAAGUACGCUUGUUGCAGUCUCAUGUUUACAGGUUUGCACAUGAUAUAGUGCUUGGAAACAUUUCUGUACAGAAGACAAUGACCUGAAGAGUUACAAUAACCCCCUUGAACACAAGUUUGAAAUGACUAAGACCUCCUACGUGAGACAACGACCAUGUCACAAAUCUUCAGCGUCAGCAAAAAGAGACCAAGUAUAACCUUGCAGGGAGUGGAUCCGGAGACAUGUACAAUAGUGUUCAAAAAUCACUGGACUCAGGUUCAACGAAUUCUGGAGAAGCACGACCCUUUCAAGAAUUCCCAAGCAAAAUAUGGAGCUAUUUCUCCAGAUGAAGUCAGUGCAGUACAAAACUAUGUUGAACACAUGCUGUUUCUAUUGAUUGAAGAACAGGUAAAAGAUGCUGCAAUGGGACCAAUCUUGGAGUUUGUGGUUUCCGAAAAUAUCAUGGAGAAGCUAUUCCUAUGGAGUCUCAGGAGAGAGUUUUCUGAUGAGACAAAAUUUGAACAGCUCAAGAUGUAUGAACUGUUGGUCACUCAGUCCCAUCAGCCUUUACUGCAUCACAAGCCUAUUUUGAGACCUCUGAUGAUGCUGCUGAGCACUUGCUCGGGAACAUCCGCAACAAGUGUGGAGACAGAGCUUGUAGUCCUCCUCAACCAACUGUGUUCAAUUCUUGCCAAAGAUUCAUCAAUUUUGGAAUUAUUCUUUCACACUAGUGAAGAUCAAGGAGCUGCCAACUUCCUUAUAUUCUCCCUCCUGAUACCCUUUAUACACAGAGAGGGCACAGUGGGGCAGCAAGCACGGGAUGCCUUGCUCUUCAUCAUGUCAUUAUCUGCUGAGAAUAAUGUUGUUGCUAAACACAUUGUGGAAAGCACUUAUUUCUGUCCGAUUUUAGCAACAGGAUUGAGCGGCCUCUAUUCAUCUUUGCCUACCAAACUAGAUGAUAAAGGCGAGGAAUGGCACUGCCUGAUUAAGGAAGAUUGGCUCCUGGUUCCUGCCCUCAUCCAGUUCAUGAAUUCUUUAGAGUUCUGCAAUGCUGUCAUUCAGGUGGCUCAUCCACUCAUACGUGCCCAGCUUGUAGACUACAUUUACAAUGGUUUCCUAUUGCCGGUAAUGGCUCCUGCUUUACACAAGGUUACUGUAGAAGAAGUAAUGACCACUACAGCCUAUCUAGAUUUGUUUCUAAGAAGCGUUUCAGAACCAAUUCUUCUUAAGAUAUUUCUUCGCUUUAUUCUUGUGUACCAGCAUGAGAAUGUGCAUAUCCUGGAUACCCUUGUCAGCCGUAUCAAUACUCCAUUUCGGCUCUGUGUUGUGUCCUUGGCUUUGUUCCGAACACUCAUCAGCUUACACUGUGAAGAUGCGAUGUUGCAACUUCUUUUAAGGUAUCUGAUCCCAUGCAAUCACAUGAUGGUCAGUCAAAGGUGGGCUAUUAGAGACACAGAUUGCUACUCUAUUUCGGCAGCUAGAUUUCUGGCCUUAACUCCAGAGUGUUGUAGCAGCAAUCCCAGCAUAACUUUCGGAUCCCAGGAGAUGAAGAACAUUCCAUGGUCAAAGUGCAGACAAAAAAAUGAUUCUGAUGGGAAUAAGCAAUUGUCAUUCUCAGAUGAUCCAGAGUCUUCAGUGAGUGGGGAUUAUUGGGAAGAGGUAGAUGACAGCUAUCUAGGCUAUCUGUGGGAAGCUCAUGUAAACAUCCUUAAAUGCACUGAAGAUUGCAAAGUCUGGUCAGCACCAUAUAAUGGAGAAAAUCCAGAUCCGGAGUCGUCUUUUCAAGUUUUAAUGGAGGAAGAUAUUAGGAAAGGAGCAUUCCCUACAUUUAGAAAAGCAAAUAAAGCAAAUUUAAGAUCAUUUUCAUCAGAAACAACUUCUCUGGGUGGACGAAAUCAGAUAGAUCUUGAGUGGGAUGAUAGUUAUGAUACAGGGAUAUCUCCAGAAUCAGGAACGUCUUCAACACAACAAACCGCUGAGCUGGGGAAUUCAAACUCUGUGUUACCUCCAGAACCCCCAAAGCACAUCAAGGAGAUGAAAAAAAGUGCAAUCAUGCUCAUUAAAGGAUCAUACAUUGAAGAAUCUGAUUUUCAGGAUGAUGUUAUGGUUUACAGAUUGUGUGCUUUAAAGGAUACCCAGGAUAUCAAUACCCUUUCCGAAGAAAUUAAAGAUGCACAAACAUUGACAAAGAUAUCAGAAGAUAAUAAUAAAUGUACUCAUGCUCAGAAAGGAAGUAACCUUGAUGUAAACAAUAUGAAGAAUUCAAAGCUAAAUAAAAAUGUCCUAAAACAGCAAAGCAAACCGAGUCUUGAUAGUCUCGAUCAAAAGAAUGUUUCUACAUUGCAACUACAGCUUACUACUGACACAGACGUUAACUCUAAUGAAAAUACUUUAAGUCCUGAUAGUGAGGAUUUUAUUGCAAGAUGCGAUGAAAUUAUAAAUGGACUAAACAGUACAUCAGCUGAAGAAUGCCUUCCUUCAUCUUCAAACAUUGAUUCUCCAAUGGAAGAUGAUGAUGAUGAUGACUUUGAGAAAAAUUCACCUGAAACAGUGGAAAGUUCACCAUCUACAUUUGAGACAAAAGAUGCUACAAUAUUUUCUAAUUACUCUGCUAGAUCUCAGGUGGUGCCAUUUACAGGUCCAUUCAUCAGUGUUGUGUUAUCGAAAUUAGAGAACAUGCUUGAAAAUUCCUUGCACGUUAAUCUAUUGCUGAUUGGGAUAAUUACUCUGCUUGCAACUUACCCUCAGCCUCUAAUACGAUCCUUUCUGCUCAAUACAAACAUGGUGUUUCAACCUAGUGUACGCUCUUUAUAUCAGGUGCUGGCUUCAGUCAAACAUAAAAUUGAACAAUUUGCUACUGUAGAGAAGAAUUUUCCUGAAUUACUUACAGAAGCUCAGCAGUACCUGUUAUCUCGCAUGGACAUGCCUGAUGAAAUUGAUCACCCAUUAAACAAAGAUAAUACAGACCAUACAGUGAAGAGUAUGGGCAUCACAGACAAUCAGGAUAGCAGAGCAGAACAUUCCCAAAUGAUGUUGCAGAAAAAUAAGAAGCAAAGUCCAAUGCUUCUUUCAGAUACCGUUUAUCUUGCAGGAGCUAGUAGCUAUACCAGGAAUGCUGUGUUUGCUGCUGUGCUUUUCCCAGAAUUCCUAAAGGAGCUUGCAGCUCUUGCUCUAGAACAUUCUGUUUUAUUUAAUGUGAUGAGUGAUUAUGGUCAUUAUUAGUUUGUUUUAUUAAGGUUUUAUUGUAAACAUUUGUUUUAAUAAAUGAUGUUGGCAGAUUUCAUUUUGUGGUUACAAAACAGACACAAAUCUGUUCACAUUUAACAGCAA